AGAAACCGGGAGGCUCUUGUUGUGGAUGUGUCUUGUCUUCAGGCUGCUGUGUUGCCCUGUCUCUCCCUAAAGACCUCUUUUGCUCAUCCUCCAUGGAGUCUGCUUUUGGGGCUGCCCUGGUGUUGAUGCUUGUGGCCACAUCGGCCGCCCAGAACGACUGCUUUUGCCCAACGAAUAACCUGGCGUCUUGCAGUUCGGAGUCUGGCAGCUGCAUCUGUACGGCACGCGGUUCGAACCAGAGGCUGGACUGUUCAACGCUGACUCCAAAAUGUCUGCUGAUGAAGGCGGAAAUAAAAACCAAAAGAGGCAGAAGUUUUCCCAGGCCCGAACAUGGGUUUGUGGACAACGAUGGACUUUAUAACCCAGAAUGUGAUGCCAUGGGCUUCUUCAAAGCCAGGCAGUGCAAUCAGACAGAUACUUGUUGGUGUGUGAACAGCGCUGGGGUAAGGAGGACGGACAAGGGGGAUCUCAACAUGAAGUGCAAUGAGCUGGUCAGAACAAGCUGGAUCUACAUUGAGAUGAAGCACAAAGAGCGAAAAACUCCCUUGUCUGAAUCAGAAGUGGCAAACAGCUUCCGACAGCUCAUUGAAAACCGCUAUAUGCUCCAUCCGAAGUUCAUCACAGCUGUUGAGUACAAGGAGCCAUUAAUCCAUAUCGACCUAAAGCAGAACAUUUCGGACAAGUCUUACGGAGAUGUAGACAUUGCAGAUGUAGCUUACUACUUUGAAAAAGACAUCCAGGGUAAACCCAUUUUCCCACCCGAUAAUAUGUUUGGUCUCUAUGUCAAUGACGAACCUCUAGAUAUUGAAGAAAUCCUUGUAUACUACGUUGAUGACAAACCACCAGAGUUCUCUAUGCAGCGCCUGACAGCAGGCAUCAUUGCAGUGGUGGUGGUGGUAGUCCUGGCCAUUGUUAUUGGGAUAACUGUGCUCGUGGUUACCAGGAGGCGGAAGACGGGCAAGUAUGAGAAGGUUGAGAUUAAAGAGAUGGGAGAAAUGCGAAAAGGACAACAUGCACAAGUGCCUUAAUUUGACUGUAGAACUAAGAUGACAUGGGCAGAAUGGAAAGAAGAUGACAAGAUUGCUACCAUGUCUUUUGAAGGUGGGGAGGGCACUUGGUUUUCUUUUUUAAAUUAAUGUUUAAUCAAAGAUAAAAGAAACAGCUUUGUAAAACGUCCACAAUUCCAGACUGGAAAAUAUUGGGAUAUAGUUAGCAUUUCCCUUUAACUAUAGUGUACUAUGUGAUAAAAAUAAUAAUAAUUUGAGAUGAAUAUCAAUGUGUUAGGGACAAAAUCCCUGUACUGUACCCACUCCUGAACUUUUCCAGAUCUGUAGUUUUUUAAGAAAACAAUGUUCUGUAGCUACACGGUUAGUUUAAUUUAUUUUAACUGCAUUUCUACAUCUUUUUGGGGUGUGUUUAUGUGUAGCUAUCCCCCAAUCCCCCGCCCUGUUCUCUUUGGCCCAUGCUGCUAAGGUGUGUGUGUUCCGUCUGUGCAUUUGAGACAGACUUUCUAUUAUUAAAAGUGUUGGAAAGGUUCCCUUCUUCCAUUUAAACCUGAUUGUUUUUUGUCUCUGAUCUAAAAUAUUUCUUUUGUAAAAUAGUAAUACCUUCUGUGAACAAAUGUCAGCGUUUACCAUGGAACUGGUGUGUGUCUGUGUGUUUGUGUGUGUGUUUAUAAUGUAAUCUUCAUUGAAAUAAAUUUUCUUAACUUU